UUCAUUCCAACCCCGCUGCGGGUCGGCGACCGGCGGCCUGGGCCGUCGGGAAGGGUGGAGGGGAAGGCGGCUGUGUCGUCCUCGUCCUCGUUGGAAUCUGGGUCCGCUUUCGUAGGCAGGGGCUGUCGCGUCCCUCUCUCCCUAAAAUGGCCUAUUUCUCCAGCGAGGACGAGGCUCGGCUCCAGUCCAUGCUCAGGCAGUUACUGCAGAGCGUGAAGGAAAAAAUCACGGGCGCUCCCUCUCUUGAGUGCGCGGAGGAGAUCCUCUUGCACCUGGAGGAAACUGAUGAAAAUUUUCACAACUAUGAAUUUGUGAAAUAUCUUAGACAAUAUAUAUACAGUACUCUGGGGGCUAUGAUUGAGGAAGAAAUGGAAAAAUGCACCUCAGAUCAGAAUCAAGGUGAAGGACCUGGCUAUGAUACUCUUGUUCAACAUGUUACUAAAGUAACCCAGGAAUCUAAAGAGUAUAAAGAAAUGAUGCAUUCCCUGAAGAAUGUCAUGAUGGUUGUGGUGGAAUCUUUAAUUAACAAAUUUGAAGAAGAUCAGAUACGAAAUAAGGAGAUGCAGAAGAAAACUGUAAAGGAGAAAUGCAGUAAUUAUUGCACAGACAAUUGCUCUGACAGUGAUUCUUCAUUUAAUCAGAGUUAUAAAUUCAGUCAAGGAAAAUUACAAUUACUUCUAGAACAACUGGACCCUGGGCAACCUAAAGCGGUGCGACUUGAAGCAAUGCAAACAUUGUGCUCUACUCCUCCUUCCGAUGUAUUAAACUGUGAAAACUGGACUACUCUUUGUGAAAAGCUUACAGUCUGUCUUGCAGAUCCUGAUCCUGCCUUUAAUGAUCGAAUUUUGAAAUUCUAUGCACAGACAUUUACUCUUUCACCACUGCAUAUGACCAAAGAAAUUUAUACAAGCUUAGCCAGACAUUUGGAAUUAUAUUUCCUUUCGGGUGAAAACCAUAUUCCAACUCUGUUGACUGGGGUAGAUGUUACUCAUCCUAAUGUGAUACGUUUACUUAAAAAGGUGCGUCUUCUAAAUGAAUAUCAAAAAGAGGUUCCAUCUUUUUGGAUUCGUCAUCCAGAGAAGUAUAUGGAAGAAAUUGUGGGGAGUACUCUGUCACUAUUAUCAAUUAAGCAUGACCAAAGUCUACUUGUCUCACAAAAGAUUUUGGAUCCAAUCUAUUUUUUGGCAUUACUUGAUGUCAAGGCUGUGUGGUUCAAUAAAUGGAUGCACGCAUAUUAUAGCAGAACUGUGGUAUUACGGCUUCUUGAAAAAAAAUACAAAUCUCUGAUAACAACAUCAGUUCAACAGUGUGUUCAAUAUUUUGAAUCAUGUGAAAAUAUGAGAUCUGAUGUAAAUUUGUUACGUCCCAAACAUUGUGGGAAUAAACAGAAGACUUUCUAUUCAGGACAAGAAUUGCAAUAUAUUUAUUUUGUUCACUCACUAUGCCUCUUAGGAAGACUGUUGAUCUAUACACAAGGCAGGAAGCUAUUUCCUGUAAAACUGACAAAUGGAAAAGAUUCAGUAUCCCUUACAGAUUUAUUGGUAUUGUUUAUCCGCCUUAUCUAUUAUUCUCCAAGUUGUCCAAAAAUGACAGUAACAACACAUGCAGAGGACUAUUCUCCAGCAAGUUUGGUGACUGAAGUACUAUGGAUACUGUGUGAUCAAAAAGAGUGUGCAACUGAGUGUUUAUAUAAGAGCCCAGUGAUAGAUGCAUUUCUUGAACCUAUUCGUAAUUUAAUGAAAGAAACUGAGGCUGCUCCAAAUUGUUCCGAAACAGCUUUAAUUCAUAUAGCUGAUGUUUUGGCCAGAAUUGCUUCUGUGGAAGAAGGUCUUUUUAUACUUCUUUAUGGAGAAAAUAUGAACUCUUCCAAGGAUGAAAACCCCACAGGUGCUCAUUUAAUUGCCCAGUUUUCAAAGAAGCUCCUUGAUGAGGAUAUUUCUGUGUUUUCUGGAUCUGAGAUGUUGCCUGUGGUUAAAGCAGCUUUCAUUUCAGUGUGCCGCCAGAUGUAUAGCACCUGUGAAGGUCUUCAGGUGUUAAUUCCUUACAACUUGCAUGAUUCUAUCGCUAAGGCAUGGAAAAAGACCAGCUUGCUUUCAGAAAGAAUUCCUACUCCUGUAGAAGGUUCUGAUUCUAUUUCAUCAGUAAGCCAGGAGUCUCAAAACAUCAUGGCAUGGGAAGAAAAUUUAUUAGAUGACUUGCUAAAUUUUGCCAGUACUCCAAGAGGACUACUACUUCUUCAGAAAACAGGUUCCAUCAAUGAUUGUGUGACAUUUAUGUUCAACCGAUAUGCAAAAAAACUACAGGUAAGCAGGCAUAAAAAUUUUGGAUAUGGAGUGAUGGUUACUCAAGUGGCAUCAACAGCUGCAGGCGCAGUAGCUCUACGGAAUUCAGGGUUUAUCAGUGCACUUGUAACUGAAUUAUGGGCCAUUUUGGAAUGUGGAAGAGAUGAUGUUAGAGUAACACAUCCCAGAUCUACCCCAGUGGAUCCCAUUGACCGAAGCUGUCAAAAGUCUUUUCUAGCACUGGUAAAUUUAUUAUCCUACCCUGCUGUUUAUGAAUUGAUAAGCAACCAGGAUAUUCCAAAUAAAUCAGAAUAUUCACUUCGUGAAGUUCCUACAUGCAUAGUUAACUCUUGCCUUAUCCUGCUCUUGCUUCUCAUCAAUCACAUGAAAAUUUUGGACUUGAAGUCCUUGGAAAGAAAGGAUAUUAUUGAUAGACUUAUAAUUUUGAAUUCUGAAGCCAAGAUUCGAUCAUUAUUCAAUUAUGAACAAUCACAUAUUUUUGGUCUAAGGUUAUUAAGUGUAUUAUGCUGUGAUCUAGAUACCCUUCUACUUUUAGAGUCCCAGUAUCAAGUGUCUGCAGUGCUGCUAAAUGCUCAAGAGGAAAAUGUUUUAGAAGUCGAUGGAGGCAACAGGGACUUUAUAAUUGAUGGCCUGUCAGUAGAAAGAAACCAUGUUCUUGUUAGAAUAAACCUUAUUGGUGGACCUUUAGAACGGAUUUUACCACCCAGGGCACUACAAAAGGGUAAUGAUCCAUAUCCUUGGCCAAUGUUUUCAUCAUGCCCUUUACCAAACUGCUAUCUUUCAGAAGUUACUAAAAGAGUUGAUCCAAAGCAAGAUAAUGAUGAUAUUGGGAAGCUUUUAUCUCCUUUCAAGAUUUCUGAUAAACAAGCUGAAUGGAUAGAGAACUGCAGAGUACAAUUUCGCCAAACUAUGAGGACCAAACCUAAUAUCAUCAGUGGAGCCAUUUUGGCAGAAUUGCUUGAAAAGUUUGUGUUGGAUCUCACUGAAAACCCAUCUGACUGCUACUUUCCCACUGUUGAAUAUAAAGGUAAUUAUCAGAAUCUUCCUAAGACAAUUCAGAUGGAAGAGAUCCAGUUUCGUGGCAUGACACUGGUGUACUAUCCAGGUUUCAUAGGCAUACAACAAGGAGCUACUGAUGCAAAUGUGAAGAAUGAAAGUCUUUCAUCUGUGCAGCAGCUUGGCAUUAAGAUGACUGUCAGAUAUGGUAAAUUCCUUAAUCUACUGGACGAUGGUGCUGAAAAUGAUCUAACUUUGGUGUUGAAGCAUUCUGAGAGAUUUCUGAAGCAGCAGCAAGCGACAAUAAAAUCUUCACUUCGCUGCCUACAGGGACGUUACCCUGGCCAUGAUUGGUUUGUGUCCUCUCUGUUCCUUAUGAUGUUGGGUGACAAAGAGAAAACACUAAUGUUUCUGCAGAAAUUCUCUAGACUGCUAACUUCUGCAUUUCUCUGGUUGCCAAGACUGCAUAUUUCUAAAUACCUACCUACUGAUAUCUCAGAAUCUGGCAUACAUCCUAUAUAUUUUUGUGGUGCUCAUUAUAUUGAAAUGUUGCUGAAGACUGAGGUUCCACUUGUCUUUUCAGCUUUCCAUAUGUCUGGAUUCACCCCAUCACAGAUAUGUCAGCAAUGGAUAACUCAGUGUUUCUGGAAUUAUUUGGAUUGGAUUGAAAUCUGUCACUACAUUGCCACUUGUGUCUUUCUUGGUCCUGAUUAUCAGAUAUACAUAUGUAUAUGUAUAUUAAAACAUUUGCAGCAAGACAUUCUAAAGCAUACCCAGUCUCAGGAUUUACAGAUUUUUCUUAAAGAGGAAGCACUUCAUGGAUUUCGGGUGAGUGACUACUUUGAAUACAUGGAAAACUUGGAACAGAACUAUAGGCCCAUGCUACUGCAAGACAUGAAGAGCAUUCGAGUGCAAAGCACGUAGCUCCAGAGAACCAGCAUUUCAAUUUCAUGUUUUAGUUGUUCUUAAAGGGCUACUGAUUGUUUUAUAUUGGUAUCCAUAAAAAUUCACGCUUUGUGAAUGCACAUAUUGUAAAAUCAAUAAUGAGGGUUUUGUGAAUAUAAUAGUAUUUUCAAGAAGGCAUUAUCUCAAUUGGUGACCUGAAAUGAAUUCAUUUUUCUAGGCUGGUUUACAAUUGCCAGUAGAUUGCUUUAGUGCCAGCCCUAGCUCACUUGUGGUCUUUAUUUCUGUUUUCUGGGAGUGAAUCCCAAACUAUACCACCUUAUUCCAAUCAGGUCUUUGCCAUCUAACUGAAAUAUUUCUAGAGAGUUUGGUAAUAAAAAGUAAUAUUGAAAAUAAUCAUCUUGCUAGCCUGUAUGUGUCCAUAGAGAUAAGACAAUUGUUUUCUGUAUUCAUGGCUCUCAUUGUAGAAGAGUCUGAACUUUACGUGUAGAGGAACAGAGGACAGGGGCGCACUAAUGUCUCAUUAUCUAAUUAUGUUCUAAAAGUUGGUAUAUGAUACUUAGAUCCAUGUAUAAAUUUUCAUAUGAAAAUCUCUACCCUUCUUACUUCAAAGUUAACUUGGCUGUUCCAUCCUGAUGAACAUUCUAUUAUUGUUUUUUGACAUGUUUUCUUUAGUGAUUGAUCUGAUUUGGAUUGCAUUUGAAGUAGGAAAUUAAAGCAUUGAUUUCUGAAUUAA